CAAGAAUGUGAACUAAAUGAGUUGCUGCUCUGUGAAGAUCAGUCCAGCUGUAGCACGCCGGGCGGAGAGAGGCUGGCUGCUGAGGGGAAUACAGGCUACAUUAAAAUGUCACCUGUGUGGUGUGCAGUAAGAAGAAUUUGUACAGUUCUCCUGAUUGUCUUAUCACAAAUUAUUGGUAGUGGAGCUGUUCGGUGUCCUAUUCCAAAUGUGGACAAUGCAUCAAAAGUGUCAGGAUUUACAGGCCCAUACAACGUGAAUUCUGUUGUAAUAUUUAGGUGCAGGCCACAAUAUAAAAUGAUUGGAUCUGACACUGUGAAAUGUAAUGAAAGUAGUAAAUGGGAACCUGAACUGCCAAAGUGUGCUGGUACUUGUCGAUCUGUUCCUCGCUACCAAUAUGCAGAACUAGUAGAGCUGACUACAGAAUUAAGUUUUCCUGAAGGAACAAUAUUGAAGUACAGAUGUAAGGAAGGCUAUGAACCUAUUCCUAGUGCAGUCAAUACAGUCACGUGUUUAGGACUGCGCUGGUCUUCUUCUCCUGAGUUCUGUAAACCAAUAACAUGUGUAGAACCAAAAACUAUUCCUAAUGGAAGAAUUAUAUCUGGCUCAUUCCUUUAUGGCAGUCAUAUAACUUAUGCCUGUGAAACUGGGUACAAAAUUAAAAACGGCAUUUCCAGAAAAUGUCUUUCAGAUCAAUCUUGGAGUUUGCCCAUUCCUGAAUGUGAAGUUCAAGCUUGUGCUACUCCUGCAUAUUUACAAAAUGGGUGGUAUAGUCCUGUAAUGGAGGAAUACUUUUACAAUGAUACCAUAACAUACAACUGUCAUGACGGAUUUCAAUUGGUUGGCCAAGCUUCGAUUACCUGCCGCAGUGAUGGAAGAUGGAAUUAUAAUACACCAGUGUGCAGAGGCAUUUGUGAUGCUCCUCCCGAUCUUCCUUACGCUCAAUUGCAAUUCCAGUAUCUGAGCAUGAAAACUUACUUUGCUGGCACAACCCUUCAAUACGUAUGCAGACCAGGAUAUUAUCGAGAUCACAGCUUCUCAGAUGCUAUAACUUGUUUAGGAAACUUCACAUGGUCAAAAAUAUUUGAGUUCUGUAAAAUUUACAAAUGUCGCAGCCCAGCAUAUGUAAAGAAUGGAUGGUAUGAUCCCGAAAUGGAAGAAUAUUUUUACAACGAUACUGUAACAUAUGGCUGUGAUGAAGGAUUUCAGCUUGUUGGACAAGAUUCAAUUACCUGUCUCAAUCAGGGAAGAUGGAGUUAUAAUACACCAGAGUGCAGAGGCAUUUGUGAUGCUCCACCUGACCUUCUUUAUGCUCAAUUGCAUUCCCAGUAUCAGAACAUGAAAACUUUCUUUACUGGCACAACCCUUCAAUACGUAUGCAGACCUGGAUAUUAUCAGGUUUACGGCUACUCAAAUUUUAUAACUUGUUUGGGAAACUUCACAUGGUCAAACAUAUCUGAGUUCUGUAAAAUUUACACAUGUCCUACUCCUGCAUAUGUAAAGAAUGGAUGGUAUGAUCCCGAAAUGGAAGAAUAUUUUUACAACGAUACUGUAACAUAUGGCUGUCAUGAAGGAUUUCAGAUUGUUGGACAAGAUUCAAUUACCUGUCUCAAUCAGGGAAGAUGGAAUUAUAAUACACCAGAGUGCAGAGGCAUUUGUGGUGACGCACCUGAACUUCAUUUUGCUCAACUGGAUCUCAGAUUUAAACACAUCACCACCUUCUUUGUUGGCAGCUCAGUACAAUACAACUGUAGACCUGGAUAUAUUCAGAAUACCAUGUACAACAAUAAUAUAGCUUGUUUAGGAAAUUUUACAUGGUCACAAAUACCUGAGUUCUGCAGCCGAAGAUCUUGUGGACUUCCUCUGAAAGUAAGGAAUGCAGUAUUGGAAGCAAAAGACUUUUUAUUUGAAUCAGAGGCAGUUUAUAAAUGUGAAAAGGGAUACAAAAUGGCUUCCCAAAGUAAUUAUCUCAAAUGUGGAUCAAAUGGAAGAUGGGAUGGUGCUUUACCUAUAUGUGAAGCACAAAAAUGUUUAGCACCUGGGGACAUUAAAGAUGGAUCGUAUAGCCUGCAGAAGGAAGAGUAUACUUACAAUGAAUCUGUGACGUACAAGUGUGAUACAUUACAACUGGUUGGAAAAGCGUCAUUAACCUGUACAGAUGAAGGAAAAUGGUCAUCAGGUGCACCACAGUGUAGAGCUGCCUGCACUUUUCCUCCUGAACUUGACUUUGCAGUGGUGGAGGAAGAGUUUAUCCACCAGGAGUACUUUGACAAUGGAACAAGUGUGCAGUAUAAAUGUCGCCCAGGUUUUGUUCCUAUCACCAGCAAGAAUAAUAAUGUAACAUGCCUGAGCGAUCUAAAAUGGUCACAUCAUGAGCAAUUUUGCACACCCAUAUCAUGUGGUAACCCAGGAGCUGUAGAUCACGGACAGAUGCAAUCUGAAAACUUCCUGUUUGGUUCAAGAGUCACCUACAUUUGUAAUCCAGGAUAUUUCAUGGUGUCAAAAAGAAAUUACAGAGAAUGUCAAGCAGAUGGUACUUGGAGUGGAAAACCCCCUGUAUGCAAAGAACCUGUGUGUGAUCAAAUCUGGGAAUUACAAGAAGAAGCUCGGAAAUGCACUUCAACUCCAGAUGAAUGGAUUAAGUACCUACAAGUGCAGUACCUCUACCUUCAAAUAGAGAACAUGAAGCUGGACAUUGAAAUAAAGAAGAGGCAGCUGGGUGCUUUGUCUGAAACUAGUCCCAUUUUAGAUGAGAUAACCCAAUAAAACAAAAACAGGCUAAGAAAUAAAUUUAUGCUACCAUUGUUUUAAUGCAUUAAUGCUAUAAGAGAACAGUAAAACUAAUUAGCUUUGCAGUACUAUGUAAACCUACUUUAUAAAAAAAUAAAUAAUAAAUAUAUCUAUACUAGCAGAAGGACCCGGCUUCGCACGGGAAUAUGUAUUUCAUUUAAUGUUUGUGUGUGUCGU